CGCCGUUAAUAUUUGUCGGCACAGGACUCUGCCGCACAAGCCGCAGAAAAAGGAAAUAACUUUUGCACAUUUUUGCAAAAAAUAAAAAGUUGAAUAAAAAAUGGCUGGAAAAAGGCAAGCUACCUCGGAUCUUAAUCACGAUAAUUGGGAUCGCGAAGAAGAGCCGGAGGACCGUGGAACUUUCCGUACAGCAAGUGAAGAUGAAUUAAAAAAUCGUGUGAUUAAAAAAGCUAAACGAAAAAUAGCGCCAGCUUCUGGCAGUGAUGCAGCUGAUGGUGGUUCCGGCACCAAAAGUGUAUUUAGCGGUUUUGCCGGCUUUGGAAAACCAGCUUCAACUGCGGCAACAACAGGAUCCGCAUCACCAUUCUCAUUUUUAAGUAAAUUGCCGGCUGCUGCAGCAACUUCCACUCCAACAAGCAGUGCUGUCAGCAGUAGCACAACAACAGCUAAUGCCACUCCAACCUUUUCUUUUGGUACAGCGACUGCUACUGCUUCUAAAACUACUGAAAGUUCAAAAGCGGCCUCAACAUUUUCAUUUGGAAAUACUAAUGUCUCCGCAACCACGACUGCAGCUUCCAAAACUUCAACAACAACGGCCAGCGAAAGUUCACCAUUUUCAUUUAGCUCUUCUUCUGAAUAUUAUAAGAAACUAAGCAGUCUCAAUCAGGCUGUUAGUGAAUGGGUAAAAACUCACGUUGACAAGAAUCCAGUAUGUAUUCUUUCACCAAUAUUUAAAGAUUAUGAAAAAUAUUUAAAAGAAAUCGAGGAUGAAAAGAAGAAGGAAGCAACAAAAGGCUCUACCACAGAUGCCACAGAAAAGCCAGCUUCAACGCCAUCAACAGGAAUAGGAAGCUUCAAAUUUUCCAGCAGCAGCUCGUCCACUACAUCGGCAACAUCAACCACAACAGAUACUGCGGCAAAAACAAAUGGCUUCUCUUUCGGUCUUAAGAAAACCGAGGAAACAUCACCAGCUAAGCCUGCCACUCCAGCUACAACAUUCAGUUUUGGUUUAAAACCUUCCACUUCAGAGACAUCCACCACGACAGCAACAUCUUCGUCAACCACGACCCCAUCGUCUGGUUUUUCAUUUGGCAAUUUGUCAAAUACCACCAAUCAGUCGAGCACUGCUCCGAAACCAUUCUCUUUUACACCCACACCAUUCUCAUUUGGCAAUAUUAAACCCCCAGCUGCUGCAUCAGACACCACAGCUGCCGCAAAUGAGGACGAAGAUGAGGAGCCGCCCAAAAAUGAAUUCAAACAAGUGGUGGAAGAUGAUGCUGUCUAUUCGAAGAAAUGCAAAGUUUUUGUCAAGAAAGAUGGUAACUUUGUUGAUAAAGGUGUUGGCACUUUAUAUUUGAAGCCAGUGGAAUCAAGCGAGAAAACUCAACUGAUUGUACGUGCCGACACAAAUUUGGGCAACAUUUUAGUGAAUUUAAUUUUGAAUUCGGCAAUUCCUGCCCAACGCAUGGGUAAGAAUAAUGUUAUGAUGGUUUGUCUGCCAACACCGGAUGUAGAGAAACCAACAUCUAUGUUAUUGCGUGUCAAAACUGCCGAGGAAGCUGAUGAACUUUUGGAGAAUAUUGACAAAUAUAAAAAAUAAAUUUGCUUUCUGUUUGUUUUACUUUAUUGUGUUUAUGUUCACCUUAGUAUUAGAUCAAAUAAAAACAAAAUUUAAUUUUAAAUCAUA